CCUAAUAGUAUGUUAUAUUAGACAAAAGUACCAUCGCAGUUACUUCAGUAUUCAACUGGAUACCGUAUAUUCCACUACUCGAUUUGUAAUUUUGAUACUCAACAAAAGUCAAGAUGAACGCAAAAUUAGCUACUUUGUUUGUGUCACUGGCCGUGUCCGGAUACUUGACAUUUGUUGAGAGCUACGGAUCUGGCGCGCCAACGGAAGUAUGCGAGGACAUGUUGCCGCAGCACGGAGCACCUGUACAAACUACACCCUCACCUUACACACUAACCCCGAACCGAAAGACUGUAAAAGGUGGUGAACAAAUAACACUGACUCUAGCCGCCAAAGACUUGUCCAAAUUCAAAGGCUUCAUGGUUCAAGCCAGAGACAGCACCGGAGCUCCUGUGGGCUCGUUCGCGCCCCUGCCCGUAUCCAAGGGCAAUAACGAAUUCAAAGGCAAAUGGAAGCUGAUCACUUGCCCCAAAGGACCGGCUAACAACACUGCAACUCAUGUCAAUCCAAUGGAAAAAUCAAGAGUAGUUCUCACAUGGAUCGCACCAAAAAAUCUGAACAAAAAUUUCAAUUUUAAAUACACAGUUGCUAAAAAUGGUGGAGAAUACUGGGUUGGAAUAGAUACCGAAACAAUUUCUGUCAAUUAAUUCAAAUACAAGUACCGCUAAGAAAAUUAAUUAAAUCAGUAUAACAUUAUAAGCCACCUAAUUUAUGUACUUAAAAUUAUUCAAUGUAAUUAUUUAUUACUGUUACUGGUAUCAGUUAUAAGUGUAUUUUAUUUUAUGUUUAAUAAUAAUUACAUAAUAUAGUACAUACUAGUUAGUGUACUUUCUACACAUAGCAUAUAAUUUUAUAUUAUUAUUUUUAAGGAUUAUUAAUAAAUAAAUUAUAGAUUGUUAAAUUCAA